AUGGGAGCAUUAUAUAAAUGUUAAACUAAUUAUUAAUGUUCAGAGAGUUUGAUUGAUUUAAUUAUAAGUAGUGGGAUCCUCUAUUAUUUUAUAAUCAAAGCGAAAAUCAUGUUUGAAAAGAAUAAUGGAAUCUUAUUAUUAAUUGAUAAAGCACUUUGCGUUAUCGCUAUUAUUUAGAUGGUACUCUAAGUAAUUUAUUUUAUGUUUGCAAGUACAAUUAUAUAUAUCUACAUAUAAAGAAUCCAACAUAUGGUUAAUUAGUUUAAGAUGUAUGGGAUUGAUUUUACAAUUGUUAAUAUGCAUAAUUUUAAUAAGUGUUAUUUUAGAUAAAGAAAAACAUUAGUAACUAUUUAAUGCAGCUCGAUUGGGAAUCUGUUUGAUUGGAUUAUUCUGGCUAAAUCAGGGCAUAAAUGGAUAUAAAAAGAGUGUGUAUUUUAUUGUGGAAAAACAAAAAGUUAUCAGUGCAAUGAGAUUUCGAAUCUGUAUUUGUCUUUCAUUGGUUUGAUCUUGGCAAUCGUAGCAUUUGUCUUUGGAUUUUAGUGUGUUCAUUAAUUAUAUCAAUAUAAAGAGUACUUAGUAAAAAUUAUAUAAUAUAAAAAGUUGGAUAAUAAAAAUGACUCAUUUGCUCAUUAGAUUCUUAAAUUAGAAACUAGAUUAGUAUAGAUUAGAAUAUUAAAAAGUAUAUAUAAUAAUAUCUAAUAUGAAGUUAGUGGUUUAUUAUAAUUUGGACUUCAAUUUACUUGGGAUAGCUUAGCGUAUUUUUUAUCUACCACUACUUUAGACUGUGCUCACUUUUAUUCUCCAAUAUCCAUUCUAACAGUAUAAAUUUAUUAUUUUUUAUAGGUUUUAAUUUAUUCUUUAUUAAAAAUUAUUUCUUUAGUAACAAUACCAGUUGCUAUUUUUAUAGUGUGUUAUGAAUGUAAUAAAGAAUUUUUUGGCUCUGAGAAUCAUAUUUGGAAUUUGUAAAGGAGUCACAGAUCUCUAAAACUAUUAUAGGACUGUGUAUAAUUAAAUUACAUUGAAAUGUCUGAAAUAAAAUGA